UGAUAAUCUGGAUCCAGAGGCCCUUCGGUAAAAUAUGGAAACUUCACCAGAAGGAGUGAAAGAAUUGGAGAAAUUGGAAAUAAGUUCAGCUCAAGAUGACAGCGCUACAAGUGAUCCAGUCAAUCCAGACCCAACUGAAGCAGCAUCAAGCAUUCAGACCCAGCAAAGCAGGAGUGAAAAAGGGGGUCCUGAAACAGCAGCAGCAGUGCCCAGUGCGAAAGAAGGUGCUAAAGCAACAGUUUCACCAACCAGUGCAAAAGAGGGUGCUAAAAUGGCAGUUUCACCAACCGGUGCUAAAAUGGCAGUUUCACCAACCAGUGCUAAGGGUGCAGUUUCACCAUCCAGUGCAGGAACAGCAUCUGCAUCAUCCAUUCCAAGCCCUUCUACUGCUGCAGUGAAUCCUUCAGUACGUCCCAAAAGUUCCUUGCCUGCACCAAAACCCACUACUUCGGUAAUUAAGGUAUUUAAUGAAGAUGGCAGCAGUCACCCUUUGGAAGUGCCAAGUGACAUUGCAGCUCGAGAUUUGUGUCAGCUGCUAAUAACGAAAAAUCAAUGUGUUCAUGAUGGUUCCUGGACUAUCAUUGAGCAAUUGACUCAUAUGGGCAUAGAAAGAAUCGUAGAAGAUCAUGAAUCAGUGAUGCAGGUACAAUCAAGUUGGUCGAUGGAUACAGACUGUAGAUUAUACUUCAAAAAAAGUAAUGCCAAAUAUGAAUACUUUAGAAAUCCAAUGUUUUUCCCAGAAAACAUGGUGUCUAGUUGCAAUGAAACAGAUACUUUAAGCUAUUCACAGUUGACACAGGAGUUCCUGAGUUCAAGAAUGUGUCCUGAAAUUCAUGGGCAUCUCCAAAGUAGAGAGCAAGGAAAGAAGAGCUGGAAAAAAUACUAUUUCAUCUUGCGAAGAUCUGGAUUGUACUUUUCUACCAAAGGAACAUCAAAGGAACCAAGACAUCUUCAGUUUUAUGCUGAGUUUAGUGAAUGCAACGUGUACACAGUGUUGUCAGCGAAGAAGACCUACGGAGCUCCAACAAAGUUUGGAUUCUGUAUCAAGUAUAACAACUUGGGAGAUGCCAAAGACCUGAAGUUGUUUUGUGCAGAUGAUGAACAAACUAGGGUACGCUGGGUGACAGCGAUUCGACUUUUUAAGUUUGGAUUACAACUCUUUCAAAACUUUAUGUCACCGCAGUCAAAAUGUGGAUCAGUGAGCUCACCAAUGAGAAGUAGCUCAGAAAGUUCUCUAGUAGCAAUGGAUUUCUCUGGAAGCCAAGGAAGAAUAAUUGAUAACCCUGCAGAAGCACUUUCAGCUGCUGCGGAGGAGGCAUUGACAUGGCGGAGGAGGAGCCAUCAUCGUAUCAACCCCUUUGGAAGUCCAGCCUUGGCACAGAGCUAUUCUUCACGCCAAGGUCUUCCCAAGGCGCAGAUUUGGUUUCAUCCUGGUCUCUCCAGAGAUGACGCUCAAAGAACACUGGAACGUCAAGGGUUUGUGGAUGGGAUGUACUUGGUGAGAGACAGUCAAAGCAACUUGAAGAGUUUUGUUUUGUCAUUAUGCUAUGGUCGGAAGAUAAGGCAUUUUCAGAUUCUUCAGCUGGAAGAAGAUGGAAGAGUGUGUUAUUCAAUGGAUGAGGGUCGCACCAAAUUUUCAGACCUUAUUCAGCUUGUGGAGUUCCACCAUCUUAACAAGGGAGUGCUGCCCUGCAAAUUGAAGCACGCCUGUGCCCGAGUUGCACUUUAAUCCAAAGCCAUUCGUUCACCAGAGUUGUUUCGAGUACGUGCUUCGAACAAACGCCGCAACUGUGAGAAGAUAAUUGUGAUAGUGUACACUGUGCCUCAGACCAAAGGAAGACUACCUGUGGAAUUGUAUGGUUAAUAUUGAUGCUACUCAAUACUUGAUCUUUGACUUUUGAACCUCAUUGUGCCUAAGAAAUCAGUGUUUUAUUGUGCUGCUUGUAAUGGGAGGACAAUACAAAAAAUCUGUUGUGGCAUUACUAAAACCUGUGCUGCUUGAGAUUGGUUUCUGCCUGCCUGACAUUUUUUUUUAUUGUGGUAACACUGUUUACUGUUUGAUAUUUGUGUGCCAUCCUUAUUGGAACAUGAUGUCUUGCCAAGAGAGCAAUGUGUUCAAUUAUAAAAAUAAACAGAAACAGAAGAUCCCAUUUCUUAAUACUUGAACAUAAUGCAAAAAAAACAUUCAGUUUAGUAUACUAAUUUUCGUACAGAAUUUUGAAUUGAUUUAUCUGAAUACUGUGUGUGAAGAUGAGUGAAGUUCAUCCAGCAUUAUUUUGCACUGAAAUUUAAAUAGCAAGCAUUUUCAGAAAAUUCCAAAAUUGCUUGCCUAUUAUCACUGUACCUCAAGUACUGAAAGUGAGCUUUGUGGUCCAUUCUUUAGACAUUUUGUUCUAAUAAUUGAACUGGUAAAUUGGUGUAGUGUUUAUUUUUUUACUGCAAUAACUGACUGUACCCUUUAUGAAUAUGGUUUUGUAGUUUUCAUUGCCAAAUUGGGCCUGACUUGAAUUUAUUAUUUGGUCAUGAUGUGUAGACUCGUGUCCAAUAUGAUUUGCCAAUCCAUUCCAUUAAAGGGUCUGGCUGAGAUCUGAUCUAACAAGCUUUUAAAAUUGACAAGGAACCAGUCUCUAUACACUUACUGGUUUCAUCAAAUUAAAAGCUUGUUAAUGAAAGUACUGUAACUUUAACAAUUUUGCAUUAAAUAUUGUCUACUCCCUUUCCUAACAGACUUUUUGAUACCAGUAAGUUCUACUGAAAUUAUUUCCCAAGCAUAAGUUUGAAGAUGCACUUUGUCUGUAUAAAGGCAAAUUGUCCUGCUGCUUCCUGUAAACUUGUAAAUCUGACUUUUUUUAGUCUUUGAAACCUCAGGAAAUGGAGAAAUCUUGCAGUAUUUUGUGUAUAUACUAUUUCCACAGAAGUCUUCAAUUAUGGUUGUUCUUCUGAGAAUAUCUGUUUAGGGAAAUAUUUUUAAUGACUUUGUGAAAACUUGUGUUCUGAUUUAUCUGUGGGGUAAGUGAGAGAUCAAGCUACAAAAUGACCUAUUUUCUACAAAAUGCAAAUUGAUGUUUCUUUGACAUUUUCUACAUGAAUAAAGUUUGCUUGAA